UUCUGUGCGGACGCCGAAUGCCGUCCGGAGACUAAUCAAAAUGCGCCACAUCACCCAUUCGCACGGCUCGGUACCGCUGACGUGGCUGCAUCUAAUUCGCCUCCGGACGUAGAGAGCUGCGUCCGGCCUCCGCGCAGAAUAAUUUCUCCCAUAUUACACUUCAUUUCUUUCAUUAUACUCAUCUACUGCAGAUCAUCGAUUCUUCCACAGCAUCAAUGGCCAGUGAACCAAAAGGUCUUCACCUUGGAUGUCCUAUAUCUCCAUGACAAGCCAGGCCCUGAGAACUGCCCACAGAAGGUAUACGAUGUACUGGUCGACGCCCUCGAGCACGUCAGCGAGUACGAAGGCUACAUAUUUGAGAGCGGACAAGGCCUAUCUCGAGUCCUUUUUCGCCAAAUUUGCAUCCUUCUCUCACACCCGCAGCAGCGAUGUGCUCAAGAUGACCUUGACAUACCCAAGUCCCUUGAAAAGAGGCUGCCGCCGGCAACUGAUGCUACAAUUGCCGAAGAGAGCAUCUCCAGCACCAUUCAGUAAGAUUUUA